CCCAUACCACGUUUUCAUGGUUCAACUCUGUUUUCACUUGCUCUAGUACUUUCCAUUUCCUUCCUGUGGAGGCAGCAGAAGAGGCAAGUUGAAGGAGUAAUGGUUGAGUGCGAUGAAAACGUUAACGAAGCAGCAAUGUCAAUGUCCAUGGACCCUCGCGCGAGGCACGCACAAGCCAUAACAUCACACAUCAAAGACCGCGCAGUGUGGAACAACCUCAUAACCCACUACUCCAAAUCCGACCUUUCUUCCUACGCCGUUUCUCUCUUCCAGCGACUCCCUUUUCCUCCCAACGUUGUCUCAUGGACCGCAUUAAUCUCCGCUCACUCCAACACCCUCCUCUCCCUCCGCCACUUCCUCGCCAUGCUCCGCCACAACACUCUCCCCAACCACCGCACCGUUGCUUCCCUCUUCACCACCUGCGCCGCCCUCACUGCCGUCUCUUUCGCCCUCUCCCUCCACUCACUCGCCCUCAAACUCUCUCUCUCCCAACACCCCUUCCCCGCCUCCUCCCUACUCUCCCUAUACGCCAAACUCCGCAUGCCCCUCAAUGCACGUAAGGUGUUCGACGAAAUUCCCCAACCAGACAACGUUUGUUUCUCCGCCUUGAUCGUUGCACUCGCCCAGAAUUCCCGCUCUGUCGACGCUUCAUCGGUCUUUUCCGAAAUGAGGGGUCGCGGUUUUGCGUCCACGGUUCAUAGCGUGUCCGGGGUUUUACGUGCUGCUUCACAGCUUGCUGCAUUGGAGCAGUGUAGAAUGAUGCAUGCACAUGCAGUUGUUGUGGGGCUUGAUUCUAAUGUGGUGGUGGGUAGUGCGCUUGUUGAUGGGUAUGGUAAAGCGGGUGUUGUUAACGAUGCAAGGAGGGUUUUUGAGGAUAAUUUGGAUGAUAUGAAUGUUGUGGGGUGGAAUGCAAUGAUGGCUGGUUAUGCACAGCAGGGGGAUUAUCAAUCUGCUUUUGAACUGUUUGAGUCUUUGGAAGGCUGUGAACUCGUGCCGGAUGAGUAUACUUUUUUGGCGAUAUUGACUGCCUUGUGUAAUGCUGGAAUGUUUCUCGAGAUUGCUCCGUGGUUUACGAGGAUGAGAGUGGAUUAUGGUUUGGAACCGAGUUUGGAGCAUUAUACGUGUUUGGUAGGUGCAAUGGCGCGUGCUGGAGAAUUGGAGCGUGCAGAGAGGGUUGUGUUGACGAUGCCGAUUGAGCCGGAUGCUGCAGUUUGGCGAGCUUUGCUAUCGGUUUGUGCGUAUCGUGGUGAGGCUGACAAGGCUUGGAGUAUGGCAAAGAGGGUGUUGGAGCUGGAGCCGAAUGAUGAUUAUGCUUAUGUUAGUGUAGCUAAUGUGUUAUCGAGUGCAGGGAGGUGGGAUGAUGUUGCAGAGUUGAGGAAGAUGAUGAAGGAUAGGAGGGUGAAGAAAAAGGGUGGGAGAAGUUGGAUUGAAGUGCAGGGAGAAGUUCAUGUUUUUGUGGCGGGGGAUUGGAAGCACGAGAGGUCCAAGGAAAUUUAUCAGAAGUUGGCAGAGCUUAUGGGGGAUAUUGAAAAAUUAGGGUAUGUUCCUGUUUGGGAUGAGGUGUUGCAUAAUGUUGGGGAGGAAAAGAGAAAGGAGGCCCUUUGGUAUCAUAGUGAGAAAUUAGCAGUUGCAUUUGGAGUGUUGUGUGGACCUGCACCACCAGGGAAGCCGUUAAGGAUUGUGAAGAAUUUGAGGAUUUGUAAGGAUUGCCAUGAGGCUUUUAAGUACAUGACAAGAGUUUUAGAAAGGGAAAUUAUUGUGAGGGAUGUCAACAGAUACCACAGAUUUGUGAAUGGUAACUGCACUUGUAGUGACAUAUGGUAGCAUAUACUAUAAACAUGUUUGAGGCUUGAUUCCAGUGACAAAUUAUUAAGAGAAAGAAAACUGAUUUCCCCCCAUAACAUAUACAGAUUUCUCUUACAACAGGAUGUAUGGAAAUCGUGUUAUUCCCACAGCUAGUUUAUUGUUUUCUUUAUGGUUAUUGCACGAGAUGCAGUUAAGGAGGCUGGGUGGGGCGGUACUCCAAUUAAUCUACUUGGCAUAUGAUGAGUGGAUAGCAUUCUGUAACUCGAGGUGACUACUUUUAAUCACUUGAAAGACUUAAUGUAUUCAUGCUUCAAAUACAAAGAGAUUGGGGAGAAUGAAGUGGAGAUCGCAUGUUUUUGGAAUCAGUGAGGAAGUGCUUAGAGGAGGAAAGUUGAGACUGGCAUUGUGAAAACACGCCCUCAUAACACUGUUAACAGCUGAAGAAGUGAAGAUUUCAACACCAUUUGCUGCCCUUGGGGAAAGUAUUAUUCAUUCAUUUGAAAAUUGGACAGCUUAUACAAAAUUCAAAAAUCGCUUCAUACUUGGCAUAAAAAAUUAAUUGUAUUGGCUUCAAAGGGUAAAGUUAUUGAAAGAUGCAAUAUAAGUGAUUGAUAUUCUUCCA